CCAAGGCAGCUCGCAGCCGUCCGGCACGUCGGAGUACAACGCGGCCGCCUUGAUGGAGCUCCUGCGGGAGAAAGAGGAGCGCAUCCUGGCCCUGGAGGCAGACAUGACCAAGUGGGAGCAGAAGUACCUGGAGGAGAGCGUCAUGCGCCAGUUCGCCCUGGACGCCGCGGCCUCCGUGGCUGCGCAGAGGGACACCUCCACGGCCAUCGGCCACUCGCCCAGCGCCAGCUAUGACACUUCGCUGGAGGCCCGCAUCCAGAAGGAAGAGGAGGAGAUCCUGAUGGCCAACCGAAGGUGCCUGGACAUGGAGGGCAGGAUCAAGACGCUCCACGCGCAGAUCAUCGAGAAGGACGCCAUGAUCAAGGUGUUGCAGCAGCGCUCCCGCAAGGAGGCCGGCAGGGCCGAGCCACUCUCCUCCAUGCGCCCAGCCAAGUCGCUGAUGUCCAUCUCCAACGCGGGUGCCUCCUCCUCCUCCUCGGGUCCGGCCCCGCUCUCCUCCUCCUCCGCCCUGAGCAGCACCCCCAUCCCGGAGGAGAGGCGCGAGGACAGGAGCUGGAAGGGCAGCCUAGGCGUGUUGCUGGGCACAGAGUGCCGCUCGGAGUCCAUCCCUUCCACCCCGUCGCCGGUGAUGCCUUCCACGCCGUUGCUGUCCGCUCAUUGCAAGACGGGCAGCCGGGACUGCAGCACGCAGACUGACCAGAACAAGGGCUCCGCCUCUGCAGCCGCUUCCAGCCCUUCGGUGCAGGCCAGGCUCCCGCCCGCGAACCUGGCCUACGCCUCGGACAAAGCAGACGUCUCCUCCUCCUCCGCUUUCCAUCCCAAUGCCCUCGAGAGGAAGAACCCGGCUCAAAACGUGGGGCAGGACCUCAGCGACGGAGAAAUGGUGGAGUAUCUCAUCUGAAGACAAGCCGGAACUGAUUCUCCUUUUACCCUUCUUUUUUAUAUAUAUAUAUACAUAUACAUAAAUAACAAAAAUAGCCAUUUUUUUUUUUAGUAACCGAGUCAUAAAGGAAUAUUUACAGCCUUGCGCUGUUUGUAUAUACUUCAAAAAAGUAUGGACAGGUUAACUUAUAAUUUGUUCCAAAAUCAUUACAGAAGGAAAAAAAUACUGGAUCUGGUCGCAUCUGGAUGAAAGUCAGUCCCGGUCUUAAAUGCACUCAGUUUUGUUAAAAAUGUCAGUAUUUUUUAAAAAGGAAUAACUUGUGUUUUUAGAUGUUUUUAGUGCCUUUCCAAAAAGGCCUUUUGGUCUCCUCGCAAUUCUUCGGCGGAAACCGUGGUGCUCUCGCUUCUGCAAAUAUUCACAAUAGGAAAGGCCACGUUCGUCAACGUGAAAAGAGCAAAACAUUGUAAAAAAAAUUGAAACAUUCCAGAAAUACAUUCAACGGUCACAGCAUUCUCUGGCUCUGGUCUCUCAACAAAAAAGCUCCUGUUUUGUAGCAGAUUUCCUGUGAGGUUUCCUAUGACUUUUUCCAUCAAAAGUCAGACGAUGCGCAUCUAGACUGCAGAAUUAAUGCAGUUUGGCAACACUGUUAACUCAAUGCUAUGCAAAUCCGGGAGUUGUACGAGGAAAUCCGGAAAGUAAGGUUACAAGUGCUCCGUGCAGUCAUGCCAGCCACGUGACCUUGGAGGUGUCUACGGACAACGCCAGCUCUUCGGCUUAGAAAUGGAGAUGAGCACCAACCUCCAGAAUCGGACAGGACUGGACACAUAUACACACACACAAAACCUUCCCCAUUACUUUAAGGUUACAAUAUUUUUUUUAAAAAAAAAUACGAAUAAUGAAUAUCUAUAUAAUUAAAAAUGUCAUGUUCGUUUGUGGGAUUAGCAUAACUCAAAAACCACUGAAUGAAAUGACAUGAAAUGACCAUCCAGCCUCUGUUUCAAAGCCUCCAAAAACAGAAUGAGGACUCUCAUCUCUAACAUUCACCACAACACCAGUUGAUGAGCUACUGACGACUGGCACUGCUCGUUCGCUUCCGCUGGCUUCCUGCUACACAGCAGUGAUUACAGAAUCAUAGAAUCCUAGAGUCAGAAGAGACCUGGUGGGCCAUCAAGUCCAACCCCAUUCUGCCAAGAAGCAGGAAAAUCACAUUCAAAGCAACCUUGACAGAUGGCCAUCCAGCCUCUGUUUCAAAGCUUCCAAAAAUGGAAUGAGGACGCUCAUCUCUAACGUUCACCACAACACCAGUUGAUGAACUACUGGUGAAUAGCACUGCUCGUUCACUUCCACCGGCUUCCCACUACACAGCCAUAACCAUCUCCAACCAUAACCACAAUGCCAGUUGAUGAGCUACUGACGACUGGCACUGCUCGUUGGCUUCCACCGGCUUCCCACUACACAGCAGUGAUCACAGAAUCGUAGGAUCCUAGAGUCGGAAGAGGCCUGGUGGGCCAUCCAGUCCAACCCCAUUCUGCCAAGAAGCAGGAAAAGCACAUUCAAAGCAACCCUGACAGAUGGCCAUCCAGCUCUGUUUCAAAACCUCCGGGGCAGAGAGUUCCACUGCUGAACAGCUCUCAUAAUCGGGAAGUUCUUCCUAAUGAUACUAACUUCCCCCACAAAAAUUCCCUACAUGCCUUGUAACUUUACUUUCCGGACAUUCCUCAUAGUUUCCCAAGGCCUUUAGCCUUCUCUCCCAGAUGGACUCAGUAGCCGAUCAGAGAAUGCUGGUGCAUGAUGUUCAGUUUCCACCAUGUGCCUCCGAAGUAGAUGUCUCUUUUCUUCCAUUCCUGCCUUUUUGUUGCUGUCGUUCAAUUCCCUGUGCAAAAUAUUCCAAGUUUUGCUGUUUUUCCUCAAAGACCAAAGGCCUUGGAUGGGGAAGGAGCCAUGGCCUCCAUUCAGCGCUUCGGAUCUGAAGCUACAUGAGCCUUGUCCCAUUGGGAUUGCAUUCCUGUUUUCCGUUGAGCGGACGGAGAAGGAAGGAAGGAAGGAAGGUGCAAAGGAAGGAGUGGAGCUGGAAGAGACUUUCUUCCGAUGCUGUAUUUGCCCCUCCUUCUUUUCCGAAAUGCUUUGAUUGUAAUCUGCUCAUUCCAGAAGACAACUUUCCUCUUCUGCUUGUAUUGAAGAUGUAGUUCAGGCAAGGGCCAACUUGGGCCUCCAUCCAGGUGUUUUGGACAUUCAUCUCCAACCAUAACCACAAUGCCAGUUGAUGAGCUACUGACGACGUGCACUGCUCAUUCGCUUCCACUGGCUUCCCACUACACAACAGUGAUCAUAGAAUCCUAGAGUCGGAAGAGACCUGGUGGGCCAUCCAGUCCAAACACAUUCUGCCAAGAAGCAGGAAAAUCACAUUCAAAGCACCCCUGACAGAUGGCCAUCCAGCCUCUGUUUCAAAGUCUCCAAAAAACAGAAUAACGUUCACCACAACACCAAUUGAUGAGCUACUGACAACUGGCACUGCUCGUUCGCUUCCACUGGCUUCCCGCUACAUAGCAGUGAUCACAGAAUCAAAGAAUCCUAGAGUCGGAAGAGUCCUGGUGGGAUUAAACAGCUGAAGGGGGAAAGAAAAGGGCCUGAGGCUGGCAGGAAUGGUGGGAGUCGAAGUCCAAAACACCUGGAGGGAAGACCUAAGUUGGACCAAGCCUAAUUAGAGUGCCUUAGACGUUUAUAAUAUGGAUGUCAUACAUGUACAUGUCUUCCCAAAACAUUCCAUUCCCCGUAAAGUUAGAGUUAACCAGUUUGUGCUCAAGGACCAUUGAAGGAUGUUCUUCUCCAUGCCUUGGCUUCCCUGAAAUGUCUUAUCUUUCUUUGCGGGCGGAUAGACAACCCUUUCUUGAAACGAGGUUGACCCACGUUGCAGGAACUAAACCUUCAGAAAAAACGACAGCGGAGUUUGCUGUUACCAUUCAUCGCUACCUGAACAUCACUCUGUGUCCUUCAAAAGCCAGGGAGAUGUCUGGAGUGUAUCUCCAGGGAUCUAGUUGAGGCUUUCUUAUGCAAGGAUGGCUCUUGGAGAGAAGUUAAUAAUAAUAUUUCAGAAGGAAAUGCAGUAACUGUUUGAGUUAACUGUUCAUCGCUGCCUGAACAGACUGCAAUGACUGUUGGUGUCCUUGAAAAGCCAGGGAGAUGUCUGGAGUGUAUCUCCAUGGAUCUAGUUGAGGUUUUGUCAUGCAAGGAUGGCUCUUGGAGAGAAGUUAAUAAUAAUAUUUCAGAAGGAAAUGCAGUAACUGUUUAAGUUAACCGUUCAUCGCUGCCUGAACAGACUGCAAUGACUGUUGGUGUCCUUCAAAAGCUAGGGAGAUGUCUGGAGUGUAUCUCCAUGGAUCUAGGCUUUGUUAUGCAAGGAUGGCUCUUGGAGAGAAGUUAAUAAUAAUAUUUCAGAAGUAAAUGCAGUAACUAUUCGAGUUAACAAUUCAUCGUUGCCUGAACAGACUGCAAUGACUGUUUGUGUCCUUCAAAAGCCAGGGUGAUGUCCUGAGUGUAUCUCCAGGGAUCUAGUUGAGGCUUUCUUACGCAAGGAUGGCUCUUGGAGAGAAGUUACUACUGCAUAUCUUUCUGAAAUAUUAUUAACUGUUCAAGUUAACCAUUCAUCGUUGCCUGAACAGACUGCAAUGACUGUUGGUGUCCUUCAAAAGCCAGGGAGAUGUCUGGAGUGUAUCUCCAUAGAUCUAGUUGAGGCUUUGUUAUGCAAGGAUGGCUCUUGGAGAUAAGUUAAUAAUAAUAUUUCAGAAGGAAAUGCAGUAACUGUUUGAGUUAACCGUUCAUCGCAGCCUGUACAGAUUGCAAUGACUGUUGGUGUCCUUCAAAAGCCAGGGAGAUGUCUGGAGUGUAUCUCCAUGGAUCUAGUUGAGGCUUUGUUAUGCAAGGAUGGCUCUUGGAGAAAAGUUAAUAAUAAUAUUUCAGAAGGAAAUGCAGUACCUGUUCGAGUUAACUGUUCAUCGCUGCCUGAAUGACUGCACAACAGUCGUUCAGGCUACAAACAGACUACAAUGACUGUUUGUGUCCUCCUAAAGCCAGGGAGAUGUCUGGAGUGUAUCUCCAUGGAUCUAGUUGAGGCUUUGUUAUGCAAGGAUGGCUCUUGGAGUUAAGUUAAUAAUAAUAUUUCAGAAGGAAAUGCAGUAACUAUUCGAGUUAACAAUUCAUCGCUGCCUGAACAGAUUGCAAUGACUGUUUGUGUCCUUCAAAAGCCAGGGAGAUGUCUGGAGUGUAUCUCCAGGGAUCUAGUUGAGGCUUUGUUAUGAAAGUAUGGCUCUUGGAGAGAAGUUAAUAAUAAUAUUUCAGAAGGAAAUGCAGUAACUAUUCGGGUUAACAGAUUGCAAUGACUGUUUGUGUCCUUCAAAAGCCAGGGAGAUGUCGGCUGAGUUGCUCCUAAAGCAAACCCAAGAGCGACCUUCUUUGCAAUGUGCUGGAAUGGAUUUAGAGUCAGAACGCCAUUUAUGGGAGGAUUGCAACAUGAUUUAAUGCAAUUUGUGCAUUAAAUAACCAUGAGCCUUGCGUGUCCGAGGCAUGCUUUUUGCACACUUGGUAUGGGAACAACCUUCUGCUAAGAAGUGCCUUCUGCUGGCCUCACAGUCGCCGGUUUUGAUGCAAUUCCUCUGCUUCAGGUCACCACCAAUUUGCAGUUGUUUUGGGGAAGCUUUGGGUGGUUUUUGUAGCUCCGUUGGUAAAGACUUGCUGUAGGAUGCAAUCCAGUCCCUUUGAGUUUGAGCUCUGUCUGCUAUAGAGCAGGAAUUUAGGGGUCUUUGCCAGGAGGCAGAGACCAAUCAGACUCCUUAAAGAGUUUGUUACCCUGGCGAGACAGAGAGAAGCACCCAAUCCCUGAUUUUUCCCAAUGGAAGAUCUCGCCAAGUUGAAGGAAGUGCCAUCGAGAUGUUUUAUUUGCGAUUCAGCUGAAAAGGAUGCAGAGCAGCAAUCAUUCGCCAAGCAGAGCAUGUGGUUACAGAAGUAAAGGCCAUUUUUAUAGAAAAUACAGAGUUGUGAGUUCCCGCUUCCCCCUCCCACCCAGCUCAAAGGGGAUUGGCUGAUGUGCAAACAGCUAGGAGGAGGCUUGACCAUCCCCCAUGCAUCAGGGCCAAUCACAGGGCUUUCGCGGUGCACCAGAGCCUAUCAGGAGGCUCCUGCUGCCUCGACGCUCCAGCGAAUCAGAAGGGAGGGAGGCGGGAUGAAGGGAGACAAUGCAUUCUGGAGUGGAUUAUGACAAAAUUGUCCCCAAGGUUUAGCAAGAUCCGGGUUGGGGGUCUGCCAGCCAAGCCAUUCUAUUGUGUUCAUGAGUGAAGGCAAUAAACAUAUGUUAAAGAAAUCCGGGUUUUCUUGUCGCCAUCAGAUAUGACACAAAGGGGAAGACUUGGGUGGAAGUUCUUUAUGGAAAAGUUUGAAAGAAAAAUGGCUUGGAGCAAAAGAGGACUUUCCUAAGGUCAUAUUCCCCCCAUUGUUAUAUGAUUAAAAAGUCUGCCAAACAGAAAUCCUAAUGGUGGCCCAACUCCGAAGUCAGAAGGAUUUCCUUUACUAUUGUCCAUGCAAAGAAUGUCCAAAGAGAAGGGUCUUUUCGUGAUCGCUGAUUGCUUUUCCAGAGGCAGGGCAGCUUCCUUGUAGAUUUCCCCCAAGGAGAGGGGAAGGGGCAAAAGGGUCAGGGCAAGGUCAAAUACAUGAAGGGAAAUAUAGAAAUACAGGAGAAAAAUAUGAAAAUACAGAAAUCAUAAUACAGAGAGUAAACCCAACUACCUUCCCCCAAUGUCCAUAGUUCAUAUUAUUCAUAGGAAGGCCCAUAAAGGGAAAUAUAGUCAUGAGUCCCUUGUUUGUGAGAUGGGGGACCCUCAGGAGCCCAGGUGUGCCUCAGGUGGGAAAAAUACUUUUGUGGCAUGAUUUCCAGUAAUAAAUUGGUUAUUUUCUGCUGUAAACAUAUGCAAAUAGAGCAUAAAGCCUUGAUUGAAUGAUACACAUCAAACUGACCAAGGCUUAACCCUUAUUAUCCAGCCUGGCGUCCUUGCCCUUAGCAAAACUAUAAGUUACUAUCUCUUAUGGGGGGGGGGGUCAUGUUCGACUUCAUGUCCAUGGAAACAGCGUAAGGAAGGCCAAACUGCACACUUUCCCCCUUUUUCCCCCAUUUCUGUAAAUGGCUUUAUACUGGAAUCGAGACAAGGAAAUAUAAAACUUGCGACGAGCGCUUUUGUUUGUUUUCGUUUGUGCCCGAACCAAACGUUUAGACUAAGAGUUUAACACGAACUCGGCUACUCGGAGCGGCGCUGCAGAGCCUGAGCAAAGGAAAGCAAUGUAGUCCGGUUUCCAGAGUCUGUGGACGAUGGGCUUUGGAGUGCCAGGCCUGGGAGCAGCUCUGCAUCACCAUUGCACUGCCAACCUUCUCGGACUUUGCGGAACCCAAGACGUCUCCACUUUGCUCGGUGCCUCAAUAGACCUCUCCUCAACCUGUAUAGGUGUGUUUAGUAUGUCUAGAAUGUAUCGCCUCAUGAUAAUGGGAACUGUACUGUAUUUAUGAAGAAAAUACAUUUGUUUCUGAA